UCUCUGUUUUCUCCCUCUUUUUUCACUCUCUUUUGAAACCUCCUUUAAUUUAACCUAAAUUAUUAGUUUGGUAGUUAAUUAAUAUGCAUCUUUAUCCUCAAGCCAAAGUCAAUUUCGACGUAUCCCUAUAGUAAUUUUUCUUAGAAAUUGAUAAAUCGCUGUAUGCAUAUCUGUGUCUGUGUUUCAUAACUUUGUACUUUUUAGAACAUUGCUUUUAGAGGACUUUAUAGAAAGCUUCAAGUGGAUAUGAUGAUGAAGUAUCUAUUUGAGAUGACGAAUCGUGGCAUAGAUGUGGUUUCUACUUAAAACUAUCAUCUAUAUCUUUUUAUGUUUUAGUCGUGCAGCUAGCAUUUGUAGAGCUUUCAAUCUAUUGAAGAUGAUCAUUUGUUUACUUGAAAUUUGGGAACUGCAGAAGUUUUCCUGCUCAACAAACUAAAAUAUGUUGUUGAGAUUUUGGAGAUCUUGGACAUGAAUGCCUUCAAGGCCUUCAAAGCCAAUGUCCCAAUUGCAUGGAGUCCUAAUCUUUAUAUCACAUUAGUGAGAGGCAUGCCAGGAACAAGGAGACUUCACAGACGUACAUUAGAGGCGUUGCGGCUCCGAAAAUGCAACCGAACUGUCAUGCGCUGGAACACACCUACUGUUAGGGGAAUGCUUCAACAGGUAAAGCGAUUAAUAGUGGUUGAAACAGAAGAAAUGUAUAAAGCUCGUAAACAGAAGGUGGAACAGCACAAGGCCCUUCGACCUCCAAUAGUUGUAGAUCACCUUCCGGCUCCAAUUUCUCCUCUUGCCUCUUGAAACAUGUAUUGUUGUUAGAGGUCAGGUCUACUUCUUAAGUAUCUUGGACGAUGUUGAAAAGAAUUAUAUUUGAGCAGUCUAUUUUCCUUUUAAUUACUUGACAAUGAAGGCUUUUAUGCUUUAUUCA